CUCAACGUAUCGCACACACGCGCCGCUAACCAGGAAAUAAAGCCACCGCAAAUCCCAACUCUAAAUCCUUCAAAUGGCUUUCUUCAAAUCUCUGAUAUGCUUGGCUCUUGUGAGCAUCGCCUCUGCCGGCGUCCUGCAUAGCGGUCCCGCUGUCUAUGCCGCCGCUCCUGCUCUGGGCUAUGCUGCUCAUGGCCACCACCACGAUGAGGGUCUGGAUUAUCACGCCUAUCCCAAGUACCACUACAACUAUGGCGUCUCUGACUCCCAUACCGGCGAUGUGAAGUCCCAGCAUGAGGUGCGCGAUGGUGAUGUUGUCAAGGGCUCCUACUCUCUGGUGGAGCCUGAUGGUUCCGUGCGCACCGUGGAGUACACCGCCGAUGAUCACAAUGGCUUCAACGCUGUCGUGCACAAGAGUGCGCCCACUGUGCACGCUGCGCCCGCCGUCCAUGCUGCUCCCUUGGUGGCCCACGCUCCUGCCAUCGCUCACCAUGUGUCUGCCGCUCCAGCUGUGGCUUAUGGUGGCUCUGUGGCACAUCAUGCCGCUGCUGUGCCCGCUUACGGCUAUGCCACCCACAAUGCCCACGCGCAUGUCGCCCACUACUAAGGAAUCAGCUUGGAACAUUCAUACAGCUCCCCACCCUCCCGCAUCCCAUUUGUCAUGCCUAUUCUUUCAUAUUUAUUAAACACACGUUGACGACUUAACCAAUGCGCCCUGGCUUCCAGCAUCGCCUGCUCAAUACUCAAGUCACUCAAGUUCACGGAUACGGAACCAUCAAAUGGCAUCCAUCUUGCUCGCACACAUGCACCGUCUCUGUCUCACUUACACAUCCAUAUACACUCUCAUACAGCAUUAAACUUAUCUUAUUGUAUAUACCGCCAACACACAAACGCCCAUCAACAAAGCCACGCCCACAAAACCACGAACCACGUAAUUGCAUAAACGAAAGAUGAUCAUGAAAUAGAAGAUGAUGAUGAACAGAAGAACUCCGCAUGGAAUGUACAUACACAAAUAUAAAUUGGGAAUUUAUAUCUUGUAACAUGUCUCAUAAUUUCUGCCUAGAACUUAAGUUGUAUAAAAUGCUAUAAAUAUAAACUGUAGUAAAUUACAGAAAACCAAAA